GUUUAUUCUAGUGACGAUGCCUUCCAAGUCGCCCACCCCCGUCCUGAACGAUGACAUCCUACUCGAGGUCAUGGCCGUUUCUGACACCGUGGCAGACUGCGCUCGCCUCAUGCGAACCUCGCGAAUCCUAUACGAUCGCGGGCCUCCCUUUGUACUCGCCCGCGACACCCCGAGGUUGACAAAGGAGUCACACCUCCUGAGCUUCCUUGCCUUCCUUCGCCGGGAGCCCGCCAGGCGCUGUCCACUCGUUCACCGUCUCGAGUUGUCCCUCGGCGACAGGGUGUUCAAGCCCUCCCUGUUACAGCUCAUCGACACCCUCCCUCUCAUUAACGAUCUGCAGUACCUCUCGAUUGAUGAAGCCGAAUCCUUCCUCGGUUUUCCGGGCUUGAACAACGACCUCGUCGCUGCGUUCGCCACCCUCACAUCCCUCCACGAGCUUCGCAUGACCGGCGCGAGCCAUGCCGCUAUAGGUCUCCUCCACGGCAUCCGCUCCGAGCCAAUACGCCUCCAUCUGAACUUUGCCCGCGGCCGCACCCGCGGCCGGGUCAACUCCACCUUCAGCACGGACAUACCGGAACGCAACUGGCCGCACUUCCACCCCGUCCUCCUCCUCGCGCGCUGGGCGUCCUCUCUCGAGGAGCUGCACACCGACUACUGGUACACCCACCCGCGCACACCCCCACUCACGGACGUCGUGUAUCCACAGAUGCGCGCCCUCACGCUCGCGCACACCACGCCCCCGCUCAUACUGCCCUUCAUCCGCGCCUACCCCAACCUGGAGAGCUUCUCCAUCCGGACCUCCUGGCAGGCAAGCACAGACCUCUGGCCGCCCAUCGCGUACCGCGAGGAGAACGCCGAGGCGCAGCAGAACGCCGGGCUCGCGUGGGCGCGCCUGCGCGCGUUCGAGGGCGGGCUCAUGGACCUGUUCAUGCUGGGGCUCGCGUGCCGCGUCGAGCGCGUGGUGCUCCACACGAUGGACGCGGACCGCAUGCAUAUGCUCCCGGCGGGGCUUGCGGACGUGCGGCCGCGGAGGCUUGAGCUGCGUGGGUGGCCGGGACACGCGCGCGUCUUCACGUGGGGUAACCCGCUUCCUGUGCUCUUCCAGGCAGAGGGCGUGGAGCGGCUCGAAGAGCUGCUCGUCACGACCGAGCUGGAAGCGAAGAACGCAGAUUUUGAUAUGGCUGCCGCACUGGUCAAACUUUGGAGAGGGCUCGAACACUCGCCGCUGCACGACCUGACGUUGCGCAUUCUGAUAGGGAGCGCUGGAAACGAUGCACAGAACCAGCCUCUGACCAUGGCAGCGCAGUCGGUACGCGACCUCGACAUCGAAGACCACUUGAAGCAGCUUGCAGUGACUGUACCGACGCUGCGGACGGCUGUAGUCUUUGUUCAGGACGCACGCGAGCGGAAGACGCGGGAGGCGACCCUGACGAACGUCGGCUUUGGGUACAAAGAGAGGAGAAUGCCGCCGUACGUAUCGGCAUGAUUGGCGGUCGUUGAGAGGGUAUGUGAACUAGGACGAGGGUGCACGCUCGUGCUAGUGCAACUAGGGGCCAGUGGCCCUUCUUCUGAUGCUUUUCUGAGUUCAUAACACAUAUGUACGGUGCUAUUUUUUGAUUUCAGGUAUCUGAGUGAGUAUUGUGGAUCUUGCGGACUCAACGUAUAUGGGUGUAUUUUGUAUUGAUACUCUUCGAACGACUCAGCUCGUCGUCGCUUCUGCCUACUGUGGACCUACAAGGGGCGGCCACAACAUUCAGAUCUACGUUAAAU